AUGCAACAGAACAGACUUGCAGAGGUCAAAAGAGAAUUUAAUAAUCCUUCACUGAACAGUGAAGCCAUAUAUUCUGUCAAUAGAAUCGGCAGCUAUAUCUUCUCCAAUCGUAAUCUCUGUAAAGAUGUUCCCAGUAUCGAUUUCAUCAUUAUCGUGCAUACAGCAACUACACACUUUGAAAGAAGACAACGAAUCAGAGCCACUUUUGCGAACACAUCUUUAUUUUACCCAGCCCAAAUUCGUACUGCUUUCCUGUUGGGUAAAACCAAGGAUAGCGCAAUAACGGAGAAGUUAUGGCGGGAACAUAAAACAUACAACGAUACGGUUAUGGGAUAUUUCAUCGAUGAUUAUUACAACCUUACAUUGAAGGGAGUUAUGGGACUUCGUUGGGUCAAAGAUCACUGUCCAAAUGCUGCUUUUGUGCUGAAAAUAGAUGACGAUGUAGUAAUAAAUAUGUUUACACUGGUUCAUUUGUUCUUACCACAAAUGAAGACACAGAAAAGAACUAUUUUCUGUAAGGUAAUUCCAAAAAAUACAAUGCGCAUAGGAAGAAAUCGUAAGUGGAAAGUGGAUUCCCAUAUUUUCCCAAAUAGGACAAGAUAUUCGUAUCCAUACUGCCAAGGUUUUACUGUAAUACUAACCCCAGACUUGAUUGAUGAACUGUACCAGGCUGCACAGGUUACACCGUUUCUCUGGAUUGAUGACAAUUACCUGUUUGGGUUGUUACCAUAUGUGAUUGGAAACAUCAAUUUUACGUAUUGUGAUUUUAAUGUAUAUAAUUCACUGUCAUAUAAGAACGCUAUAAACUGUACGUUACCGCAGAAAUGGCGAUGCCCAAUGUAUUCUGUUCUUGUACACGACAGCGAUUUCUGGAGUUGCUGGCACACAAUAAAAAGUGUCUACACCGAUGUUGAUUGUAUAAAAGAAACCACACACAUCUAA